AUGAAGCAGCACGGGGAGGUUGGGCUGGACAUGGAGGAGGAGGAGAGUGCUGACAGUGGAGGGCUCACCGGACACAACCCCGUCCCUUCAGUGGGGACACAACCCUGUCCCUUCAGUGUCCCCAUCCCUGGAGACACAGCCCUGUCCCUUCAGUGUCCCCAUCCCCAGAGGCACAACCCUGUCCCUUCAGUGUCCCCAUCCUUAGGGACACAACGCUGUCCCUUCAGUGGGGACACAACCCCGUCCCUUGGAUGGGGAUACAACCCUGUCCCUUCAGUGGGACACAGCCCUGUCCCUUCAGUGUCCCCAUCCCUGGAGAUACAACCCUGUCCCUUCAGUGGGGACACAACCCUGUCCCUUCAGUGUCCCCAUCCCUGGAGACACAACCCUGUCCCUUCAGUGGGGACACAGCCCUGUCCCUUCAGUGUCCCCAUCCCCAGAGGCACAACCCUGUCCCUUGGAUGGGGACACAACCCUGUCCCUUGGGUGGGGACACAACCCUGUCCCUUCAGUGUCCCCAUCCUUAGGGACACAACGCUGUCCCUUCAGUGGGGACACAACCCUGUCCCUUCAGUGUCCCCAUCCUUAGGGACACAACCCCGUCCCUUGGGUGGGGACACAACCCUGUCCCUUCAGUGUCCCCAUCCCUGGAGACACAACCCUGUCUCUUCAGUGUCCCCAUCUCUGGGGAUACAACCCUGUCCCUUCAGUGUCUCCAUCCCCUGUCCCGUGUCCCCUUCAGUGGGGACAAUCCUGUCCCUUCAGUGUCCCCGUCCCCUGUCCCUUCAGUGUCCCCCAUCCUUAGGGACACAACACUGUCCCUUCAGUGUCCCCAUCCCCAGGGACACAACCCUACAACCCUGUCCCUUCAGUGUCCCCAUCCCCUGUCCCUUCCGUGUCCCCAUCCCUGGGGACACCCCGAGCUCGGCUGCGCUGGGGUUGAGCUCAGCUCAGCAAAACCCCCCCGAGGGGUUUAGGGUGGCGGCAUCCAGCAGGAAAAAUCCCAAACUGUGGUGGAAGCUGGGUCAGCACUUAGGGAAGUGAUUUCUGUUGUCACCUUUCUCCAUGUCGGGUUUGGCUUUGGGAAUGUGCCUGGUGGAAAGGGGGUGGCUCCCGCAGACGUCUAUAAUUUGCACACAGCGACAAUAACACUAAAGUUGAUUUUAUACGAGUCAUCAGAGUUUGCAAAGUGAGUUUUAUUUUUUGUAUUCCUUUAUCUUUACUUAAAGGUGAAUGUGUAUUCCUCUGGGAGGAAUAGGAAGAAAAAAAAAACAAAAAAGAAAAAUACAUUAAAAAAACCAGGAAUGUUAAUAAUGUUAAACAGAAUACUUCCUCCCUUAUUAAUAUAUAUAACCCUGAUGUAUUUAUGCCUAUUGUAAGCUGACUUUAAAGAGCUUUGACCUCUCUUCUGUUGCAUGCCGUUCCCGGGCAGCCUCUCCUUGUCCAUGCAUGCCUUUUGUCCUGGUUUUUCUGUACAAAGUUAGUGCACAAAAGAACUAUUUUUGCCUAGUUAAUGUUGCCGAGCAAUGCCUAUUUUUUAAAUUUUAAUUUCUUUUUUUGUUGUUUUUUUGGUCAUAUACGGCAAUAGCAUGUUUGUUACAUGUAAAAGCUUCCAGAUAUAAAGAAUUACUAAUGUUUGGAGAUGCCAGUCUUUGCAAGUGUACAGUUUUCCAAUGUUGUUCCCAGUGAAACACCCUCGUGAUUUCCACUUGCUCCCAUGUAUUUAUUACUCAUUUCCUCCCGUGUAACUAGGAACCAUGGCUAUAUUUCAUAUCUGCUCUAUAUUGAAAGUGAAGGGAGAUGAUUAAUACAAGGUUUUGUAACA